GCGCGCGGCAGUGCGAGUGAUGUAUCCAUGAAGUCGUUACUACAAAGAUGGCGGAUUUCCUGCCCUCCCGGACUGCUAUAGUUUGUAUUCCCAAUUGUCUUCUCUCCAACGGCGAAAUUGAUCAAAUUAGGAAAUCUAAGGAGAUCGACAAAAGCCUGUCUCGAGAGAAGACUUAUGUGAAGAAACUGGUAAAGAUCUUGCUGUUAGGAGCAGGCGAAAGUGGCAAGUCAACUUUCCUCAAACAAAUGCGCAUAAUUCAUGGGCAGGACUUCGAUCAGCGGGCCAAAGAAGAGUUCCGGGCUACAAUCUACAGCAAUGUUAUCAAAGGUGUCCGGGUGCUGGUGGAUGCCCGUGAGAAGCUGCACAUCCCUUGGGGAGACCCUGAGAAUCAGGUUCAUGGGGAGACAAUUAUGGGCUUUGACACUCGCUCGUCCUUGAUGGCCAAAGGGAUGGUGGAGACCAAAGUCUUUCUGAACUACCUGCCCACCAUCCGUGCCCUGUGGCAAGACAGUGGUAUUCAGAAUGCCUAUGACAGACGAAGAGAGUUUCAGCUGGGUGAAUCUGUGAAAUAUUUCCUGGACAAUGUGGAUAAACUUGGACAAUCGGACUACUUGCCCAGCCAAAAGGAUAUACUGUUGGCACGAAAACCCACCAAGGGUAUUCAUGAGUACAACUUUGAGAUAAAGAAUGUACCUUUCAAGAUGGUGGAUGUGGGAGGGCAGCGGUCGGAGCGCAAGCGAUGGUUCGAGUGCUUUGACUCGGUGACCUCCAUCCUCUUCCUAGUCUCAUCCAGCGAGUACGAUCAGGUGCUCAUGGAAGACCGUCAGACCAACAGGCUCACGGAGUCGCUCAAUAUCUUCGAGACUAUCGUCAACAACCGUGUCUUCGCCAACGUCUCCAUCAUUCUCUUCCUCAAUAAGACAGACUUGCUGGAAGAUAAAGUUCAGAACGUGAACAUCAAGGACUACUUCCCAGAGUUCACUGGGGAGCCCCACGAUCUGCAGGAUGUGCAGAAGUUCCUGGUCGAGUGCUUCCGUAACAAGCGUCGAGAACAGCAGCAGAAGCCUCUUUACCAUCACUUCACCACCGCCAUCAACACAGAGAACAUUCGCCUCGUCUUCCGUGAUGUCAAAGACACCAUCUUGCACGACAACCUUAAACAGCUCAUGUUACAAUGAAAGGUGCCGAUCGGCCUUUAAGAACAUUCCAUUUGAAUUAGGGUUUUACUUUAUUUAAUACAAAGUACAAGUGGUUCAAUACAUAUUGUGGUUGAAGAAAAAUGGAUAGGAUAAUUGUGCGAACAUAUUUUCUUUUUUGCAUAAUAAUACGUCAUGUAUAUGCAAAGAAUUUGAUAUAAAAGCAACCUUUUUUUAGCUGCUUGUAGCCAUAUCAAAUAUGCCAAGGAAUGGUCCUCAGUUAUUCACCAAAAUGCUGUAAUUGCGAUCGUUUACUGUAUGUUUGAGCGUAUAUUUUCGUAUAAUGGAACGGUCAACACUCCUUUAGCCCUUAGGCUUAACACCUAGUUUUGGAUAAAGCUUUUUUUUUUUUCAAGAAGAUAUCGUAAGUUCUCAGGGCUUUCAAUGUUUAAAUCAAAGAGCUCUUCUGCACCAGUGAACAGGUUUUUUGUUUUGUUUUUAAAUGGGCUUGAGCCUUAUUAUAUUGUCUUUUUUUUGAUUUUUUUUUUUUUUUGAUACAAGAACAUGGUUUCACUGCCUUUGUCUUCCCACACUCAAAAUGCCUUUUUGUUGCACUCAGAUCAUGACAAUAAUGUAGUACAAUUAAGGUACUUUUGUAAGAAGUACUUAUUUGUCAUUUAUAUGUAAAGGGAAGGUGUCUGCCGUUCAAGCCUGUACAGAAGGUCUGUACAUACAAUUUCUUUUGCUCUGACAGUUUUUCUUUUCUCUUGAGCGUUAUAUUUCACACACUAACAUAAUACCAUACUUUUACUGUAUUUUUCUAAAAGCCCUGAAAAUCGAUAUACAGUAGUCAGCAUUUGAAGUGGAUCAAAAAAGUUAAAGUUGUCCUAAGACAAGAACUGGUUCUUGUUUAAAAUUCAUUUAUAACUUUGAAAGGGUUUGAUUCUCUUUGAAUGUUGUAUAUUGCUUUCCUCUAUUUUUAUGAAUUCACUUUAAAAACAGAAAGGUGCCUUAUGUUUUUGCUCCCAUGUAGGUUAAAGUGGACUGCUUUAGCUCAGGGUUUUAUAAAAUGACUUAAAGUAGUCAAGGUGCCUUUCUGUGUAUUGGUUACUACAGACAUUUGUUUUGUUUUACAGGCAAAGCAAAGGCCUUACCUUAAAUGUCUGUAGAUUAACCAAAGCUGGUUUGAUAAAACAAAUUAAAAUGUGUUGAUGGAGAGACUAAGUCUUAAUGUAAUCUUAAAGAAAACAAGCACUGUAAUCUGACUGUUGGUAGUAAACUGAUUGCCUGAUUUAAGGUCUUUAUGUAUAAAAUCUGUUAAAGAAUUUGCUUAUACAAUGUUGUGUAUCUUUGUCAUGGCCAUAAUCACUUGCUUUUGUAUAGUGUUUUCUUAUUGUUUUUGUUGAUCACAUUUGUGUAAUUCUGUUUAUGAAAUCUGAUUAUUUUAUCAGAGUAGUUGUUUUCUUUUUCUGGUGGCUUGUCAUUUCAGUGGAAAAAAAAGAGGUUGUAUCAAGCCCGGAUCUCACUAAUAAAACAUCCUAUCAUUUCUGAAUAAAA